AUGGGGACAGGAAUUCCAAGGGCUGCUUUCAUCGAUUCAGCUCUUGUACAACCGGAGCUUAUUGGUUUCUUUCAAGCACUGCUGGGGCAAGGAGUGAUAGGAGAGGAAGUCACUGAAGGAAUUCUGCAGUUCUAUUCAACUAGUAAGUUGCUGAAAGCAGUGAAUUACCACAGUGACACUGAGCAGCAAUUUGCAAGCUAUUAUGGAGUGUGUGACAACUCUGCAGUAUUCAUUACUAGCGAAUGGUGGUUUAAUCCCAGAACUGAUGAAAUUUCCAUAAAGCUGUGGUUCAACACCUUCAAACAUUUUUUAGAGGUAUCAGGACUGCAUGCUAACAUGGAGAAGAGUUCCUUAUAUAUUGCUGGGGUGACUGAUCAAUUUAAAGAACAGAUGCUGCAAGAACUCAGCCUUACUCUGGGUGAAUUACCAUUCAAAUACUUGGGAGUUCCACUCUUAACUAGAAAGUUGUCCAUCCAACAAUGCUUACCUAUGGUGGAGAAAAUGAUAGCAAGGAUAAAUUGCUGGUCCUCUAAACUUCUUUCAUAUAGUGGCAGACUACAACUUGUGAAAAGCAUACCAUUUGAGAUGCAAACUUACUGGGCACAGAUCUUCCUAUUAGCAAAGAAGAUUAUCUCUAUGGUGAAUACUGUCUGCAAAACUUUCUUAUGGACUGGAAGCAACAAUUGUUCUAGGAAAGCCCUGGUAGCAUGGGAGACUAUAUGCAAACCAAAAACUACAGGGGGGCUGAAUGUACUUGAUCUCCUCACAUGGAAUAGAUAG